GAGGCGGCGGCUAACGGAGGGGAGACGCUGCUCAUCCUCCGAACCCGUUGUACCAGGACGUGUUUCUGGGUGUUUUUUCUGCGGAGCGGGUCCCUCUCGGUCCCGAGAUGGAGCCCGGGUCUUUCCCCCAGGAUCUGCCGCAGAGACAAGUGUGUGUCGUUGGCUCGGAGCUGGUGGAGAACUACACUGUUUACAUCAUUGAGGUGAUGGAUGGAGAGCACAGAUGGACUGUGAAGCACCGUUACAGUGACUUCCACGACCUGCACGAGAAACUGGCGUCAGAAAAGAAGGUUGACCGACGGCUGCUUCCUCCCAAAAAGAUUUUGGGAAAGAACUCAAAGAGUCUGGUGGAGCGGCGUCAGAAGGAGCUGGAGCUGUACCUGCAGACGCUGCUGCAGCAGUUCCCACAAUCCACGCCCACUCCGCUCGCCUCCUUCCUUCACUUUCACCUUUAUGAAAUCAACGGCAUCACAGCAGCACUCGCUGAGGAGCUGUUUCAUAAAGGUGAGCAGCUGCUGCAGGCUGGCGAGGUGUUUUCUCUCCAUCCUCUGCAGCUUUACUCCGUCACUCAGCAGCUGCGUCUGGCCAAACCAACCUGCUGCAAUGGAGACGCCAAAACCGACCUGGGACACAUCCUCGACUUCACGUGCAGGCUGCGAUACCUCAAGAUCUCUGGUACCAGUGGUCCAGUUGGAACCAGUAACAUCCAGGAGAACAGUCUCCCCUUCGACCUGUCUGUUUUCAAGUCAUUGCUGCAGAUUGAGAUCAGUCAGUGCAGCUCCCUGCAGAUUCAAGGUUUAUCUUCUCUGAGGUCGAGCCUGGUGACCAUGAGUAUCCACCACUGCUCGGAGACAAUGAUGUCGAUCCUGGUCCCGGAGGCGAGCGAGUUCUCACAGUGGGAGCCUGAGGGGGCGGAGUCUGGUUGUCCUGUCACUGCUGUUAUCCCUGUGUGGAACAACCUGACCACGCUGGACAUGAGCCACAACAGCAUCAGCACCAUCGAUUGCUCAGUGAAACUGAUUCGAGAGGUGGAGUUUCUGGAUCUGAGUCAUAAUCAGCUGACCUCAGUGGAAAAUCUCCAGCACCUCUACAACCUGGUCCACGUGGAUCUGUCCUAUAACAGCCUGCGGGUCCUUGAGGAUGCUCACACCCGUCUGGGAAACAUAAAAACCCUCAGCCUGGCCGGAAACCAACUGGAGCGGCUCACCGGCCUCACCAAGCUCUACUCUCUGGUCAACCUGGACCUCAGCCACAACCAACUCGCCCAGUUGGAGGAGAUUAGGAACAUCUGCUCUCUGCCCUGUCUGGAGAAAUUGAACCUGUCCAGUAAUCCCAUGUGCAUCAUCCCAGACUACAGAACCAAAGUCCUGGCCCAGUUUGGAGACAGAGCAGCAGAGGUUUGUCUGGACAGUAACGUGACGACAGAGAAGGAGCUGGACACAGUGGAAGUGUUGAAAGCCAUUCAGAAAGCCAAAGAAGUCAAAGACAGGAUGAGCAGCAGCGACAAGAAGAUCAGUGAGGAGACCAGGCUGUCUGCUGCUGCACCUCCUUACCUCUCCUCCUCCUAUCCCCCCUCCUCAUCCUCCUCCUCCUCAUCCUGCUGCUCCUCUGCUCUCGCUCCUCCUGCUGUCACCUCCUCUUCCUCCUCUUCCUCUUCCACUUCCGCCUCUUCCUGUCCGGCCCAGCAGGUUGCCUGCCCCAGCCAAGAAGUGACGAUAAGAGAAGAAGCUCCAGUUUCCCCCAGUGUUCUCCCUCCUGUGGACACUGCACCUCCCCCCGAAAGCUUUCACACCAACACACACCUCCCGUCUGCUGAACCCACCCAGGUCACUAGACAACACCCGACUGUCUGUCUGACUGAACACACAAACUGUGGUGCUCCGUCAAGUAUUACUUCCACUACCACUACUACCAGUACUACUGCUACUACUACCGCUGCUGCUGCUGCUGCUGCUGCUACUGCUAGUUCUGUCUGCUGCCUCUGCUCCUCUUCCUCCUCCCGACAAGUUGAAAUUAGUUGCGUGACGUGCAGCGCCACCUGGUGUCCUCUACUUCCUUCUCACUUGUUCUCCCUCUCCUCCAACAAAGACUUCACUACUCACCUCUCUCAGUGUCUCAGUGCCACCCUGAAAGAGGAGAAAAAGAAGAGAAAUGAGCAGGAGGAGAGGAAGGAUGUGACAAGGUCUGAAUGCAGAGAGCUUCAGUCCCAAGAGGAGAGCACAGAUGUGGGCAGUUCCAGUCCCGGCUCCGGGGACGGAUACUUUGAGAUGGGUCUGGAUGACUCUGUGGAGGAGUUGGUCUGCUCCUCCUCUAUGUCGCUCACUGUUCCUUCUGCAGAGGAGCCCGGUUGCCAGCCGGAGGAGCUGUGUGCAGAGGAGCAGGAGGAGAUGCACAUCAGUAGGGUUCUGUGGUGCUACUGCCUUCAGGUAGAUGAGGAUGUGGAGCAGAGGGAGGCGUGCCUGGUGCUGACAGACCGACUGUUGGGAAUACUGCACCUAUCAAAUAGUUUCUCAUGGACCAAUCAGGACGGAGACCUAGAGCCGAACCCGCCUGUGAAGGAGGUGCUGUCGAGCCUGCAGGUGGACUUCCUGCUGCCGUACUCCUCGCUCCUCCUGUCCUCCCGAGGCGAGAUCCCUGACAGCUGCCUCGCCUUGGGGCUCCGGUCCGGUUCAACCCGCUGGUACGUUUUCUCUGAGGCUGAGGAGCUCCGGCAGACCAGGACCGAGCUGACGGCGCUGAUGCAGGCUGCAGAUUCCAACACUGACCCCGAGCCCCCAAAUUCUCCUCAGCUCCUUCCCCGUUCGCUCCUCAACUCCUGGGAGCUAGAGGAGAGUCAGGGAGCCCAGGGAGGCUACCCUGCCCACCUCCUUCCCACCUCAUCCUCCUCCGACUCUGCCACCGACACACAAUCCCUCCCGUUGGACAUCCUAUCCCAGAGAGACGAACCCAGCCUCCCUUCUCUCCUCUUCUUCACUCACCGACACCUCUGGGUUCUGAAGAUGGACUUCAGAGAGUUGGCAGAGAGAGAAAGGAGCAACGCUGACCUCAAUCCCUCCUCCUCCUCUUCCUCUUCCUGGUGCAGACUUGUCCGUGUGGCCCUCAGCUCAGUGAUGCUUCAUCCCAGAGAGAUAGAUCCUCAGUUCGGGGGCAGAACCAGUUACACCUCCUGCCUCGGCCCAAACCACCACCAGAGGAAGAGUCACAGCGUGGAGCUGCUGCAGGGGAAUCAGAGGCUGCUGCUGCUCUUCCCUCUGUCCCAGGACAGGAGCUCCUUCUUGGGGGAGCUGAGCCAGCAGAGAGGCGCUCUGGAGGGGCUCAAAUUGUUGGCCCUGGCACAAACCUGCCCACACCAAGGAGAACACACACAUGAACGAUGCAGAUCGAGAGACCAGUGCUGUUGUAGCAGGAAAUCACACAACUCCAGCAGCUGGGACUCCUCUCAUCUCCAGCUGGAGGAGAACCAGCCGUCCCCUCACCUCAUCACAGGUCUCUCCCCAGGACUAAAGCUCCUGGUUGGCCUCAGAGGACAGCAGCUGCUAGCCUUCUUCCACAAAUAUAUAGCACUGUCUGAGACGGAGGAGGUGAGACAGGUCUUGUGGCUGUCUGUGGUCCUGUACAAGUCUCCAGAGGCUGAGCUCACUUGCUGUCUGCUGCUCUCCAAUGACACAAUCUACUUCCUGUUGGAAGACUCCGCCUCCAGCCUUGGUCAUCACUCAGUGUUGGAGAUAACAGACUCUGGAGAUCCAGACGUGUGUCUGUGCUGCUGUCUGUCCAUCAGACUUUCUGAGCUGCUGUCUGUCAAUGUGGGACUCUUCGACCAGUACUUCAGAGUUGUAGGUCGUUCGGCCGAUCACAUCGUGUGCUGUCUCAGCAGGGACAGUUAUGGGACGGGCGUCUUUCUUCAGGAGCUGAUGUCAGCUCUCAGUCUGCAGCAGCAGCUUCCUCCUCCAGAGCCAUCGGAUCAGGACUUCUACUCCCAGUUCACCAACACAAACACAGGUAAGAUGCAGAACUACGAGCUGGUCCACAGCAGCCGGGUGAAGUUCAUUUACCCCAGUGAGGAGGAGAUGGGAGACCUGACCUUCAUUGUGGCAGAGAGGAAGACUCUGGGCAGUGCAUCGCCUUCGUCAUCACGCUCCUUUAAUGUCCUGCUCUAUCUUCUGGUUUUUCAGGUCCAGAUUCCCAGCAGUCUUCCCAGCCAAGGCUCCGCCCUUUCAGGGGCCUCCUCCACCUCAGGCUCAGCCCCGUCUCCUGUUCUCCAGCCCAGGACCCUGAUCCUGACUAGCACUGACGUGUUCCUACUGGACGAGGACUACAUCAGCCAUCCUCUGCCUGACUUCGCAAAAGAACCUCCCUCCAGGGAGCGGUACCAGCUGCGUGAGGCCCGAAGGAUCCGGGACCUGGACCGCGUCCUGCUGGGCUACCAGACCUACCCUCAGGCUCUGACCCUGGUGUUCGAUGACCUGCCCGGACCUGACUUGCUCUGCCACCUCACCAUGGACCAUUUUGCGGCAGGAGGGGAAGAAGCCCUGACCCGAGGCGGAGGAGCUGGCGGGGGGGCCGAGGGUGAGGUCCAGUGGUGCGUCUUCGUCCCAGGAGCUGACAGCAGAGAGAGGCUGAUCUCGCUACUUGCUCGCCAGUGGGAGGCACUGUGCAGCCGGGAACUUCCUGUGGAGCUCACUGGCUGAUUGGCUCGACAGGGGACUGCUGGGUGACUGUUCAUCAUCACCUUGGUGGUUGAUGGGAGCUGAUUGGCAGGUGGAGUCAUCAUGUGACAGGCAUAAUCAACACAUGGAUUCCGAGUCCGGCUCUUACUGGUCACACUGGAAGUGGGAGCCUGAUGUCAUCGAGAAGCGACGAAUCAUUCAAAGGAAGAUAAAGAAGCAAACUUUUAGAAACCGCUCCACACCGGGUCAACGGGACAUGUAGAGAGGAGGAGAUUCAUCUGAUUUGAACCGGGCUCACACCAAUUAGCAGUUUACACCGGCAAUAGAACGUUAAGCCAUGUGCACAUUAUCUGAAGUCCUCACUUCAUACCUCAGAAAGUCAAAGUGUUUCUGCUUUAAAGUGGUUUCAACGUUUACAUACGAAAGGUUAGACUCAAUGAAAAGUGACGCACUGGUCUGGUCAUCCACUAAACUGGGUGUUAACAGUGGAAAGUUAUAAAACUUAGUCUCCUCACAGUCUGCUGCUGGAAACCCGUGACAGGAGGUCGUCUCGGACGGUGUGAGAGGAACUGACAAGCGCUUUGUUUGAAGCGUACUUUAAACUUACUUCUUACAGGCUGGACAACCACCAGGCUGCCAUUACAGGAUGAGAGAGACCAUGAUCUCACAAGGAGCUGGUAUACUGGGAGCUUCUGGCACAACCUCGCAGAGCAGAAUUAUUUAUGCAUUGGAUGAUUUGACAGACAGAUGGGUGCUGCACGGAAGGGGGGGGGGGAUGCAGAGAGUCCACAGGAGUCUGAUUUUAUUCUUCGAUACCUUAAAGAAAUAGUUUGUCAUUUCUGGUAAAUCCUCUUGUUGUGAUUGUGAAUCAAAAGUGUGUAAAAAAAAAAAAAAUUGCCAACUCCAAAGCUUUUUGAUUUACUUGUUCUAUAUGUAAAGUCGAUCUUAAAACCAAAAUUCACUUUUUUAUUUUUCCAUUUUUUUCUUUUGUUCACUCUGACACAAGAAGCAAAAGGAUUUCCCCAAAAUGUUAUACUGUUAUUUUAAGUCACACACACACACACACACACACACACAAACACACAAACACACACACAGCUGCUCUGCACAAUCUGCUUUCGGAACGUUUUAUUUCUUGCACAUUAUAAUUGAAGCAGUAUUACUAAACUGUAUAUUAAAGCUUUUUAUUAUUACAUGAGUAUAAUUGAUGCUUUGGGAGAUUUUGUACUAAGACAUGAAGGUCCCUGAUAUUUCCAACAUGAACUCUGAAAUGUCUCAAAUUGUACUGUUGUCGGCGCUUAUUAUUUUUUUGUGUUUUGUUUAAUUGUCUGUCAUGUUAUGUGUACCUUCCUGUUGACGAAUGGGAAGCCGGCCCCUGUGGCACCUCCCCAUUCUUCAUCCCUGUUCAUGUUCCAUGUCGUUGUCUUGUUAACGGGGAUUUGCCACUGAAUUAAAGUGAAGCUGAAAACUC